UGGGCUGAAUAAAACAAAUUUCUGUGUUUUAAUAUAAUUUCUAUCUUUCAGGUUCACGAUGACCAUAAACACGACAAUCUCAAGCAACAUCCUGGAGAUCCAAGGCUUCGACAUCUCUCCAGAGUUCAUGUAUCCUCUGUUCUUCCUGCUGCUGUUCGUGUACUGCUCGCUGCUCUUCUCUAACAUCGGGGUUCUCGUUCUCAUCAUCACCGAGAAGAGCCUGCACCAACCGAUGUACAUCCUCUUCUGCAACCUGUCCGUCAACGACCUGAUAGGAAACACGGUGCUGCUGCCCCAGCUCAUGGCUCACAUCCUGUCGACUAAACGCUUCAUCACCUACAACCAGUGCGUGAUUCAGGCCUUUCAGAGCCACACGUUCGGCUCUGCCUCGCACCUCAUCCUCGUCAUCAUGGCCAUCGACAGAUACGUGGCGAUAUGUCACCCCCUGAGGUACAGCUCGAUCAUGACUACCAGAACUGUGGUCGGGCUGUCAGCUACUGCCUGGGGGGCGUCCCUGGUGCUCGUCUCUGUUCUGAUAGGCCUCACGGUGAGGCUGUCUCGCUGCAGGUCGGUCGUCCACAACGCUUACUGUGACAAUGCAUCCCUGUUCAAGCUGUCUUGUGAGGAUGUGUCCAUCAACAACAUCUAUGGACUCAUUUUCACUGUGCUGCUCUUUGGUACUUCCAUGGGAGGCAUUGCAGUCACCUACUUCAGAAUAGCUGUUAUCUGUUGGAUAAAGAAAAACAAGGAGUUAAACAACAGAGCGUUGCAGACCUGCGCCAGCCACCUUGUCCUGUACCUUAUAAUGCUCUGGUCAGGGUUUUUAACUAUCAUCCUGCAUCGUUUCCCCGAUUACCCAGAUCUGAGGAAGAUUGCGUACAUUUUAUUUCACGUGGUCCCCGCUAAUUUAAAUCCUAUCAUUUAUGGGAUGCAAACUAAAUCACUGCGGGAUAAAAUUACACAAAUACUGCAAAGAAAAGUGACUCCAACCUUGUAG